AUGAGCACAGCGCCAAUUUCAGUCGUCUUCUGGGAGAUAAGUUAUCGCAAAAAAAUUCGCCCUUUCUUCGCAUUGCAUCAAGAAAACGUCGAUUCGAAUUCGAGUCUAGCUUCAUCGAGUAAUGGUAAUCACAAUCUGGCACCCGAGUCGGAGGGGCAAGUUAUCGAUUUUCGAGAGGAUGAGGUUUCUAAUAGCGAAGAAUGUUUGAAUGAAGUUGAGAGUGAGAUAAAUGCUGCAGGAGAUGAAGUUGGGAGGGAGAAGGGGAAACUACCGUUGCUUGUGUUUUUAAUGGGAUUUUUCGCAAGGAUAAAGCUUGGAUUCGAGAAAAUGCUGUUAUCGGAUGGGUUUAGUUGGUGGCCUUUUUGGCGGCAAGACAAGAGAUUAGAGCUGUUAAUUUCUGAAGCAGACUUGAAUCCGAAGGAUGCUGCGAAACAGAGUGCCUUGUUGGUUGAGCUCAAUAAACACAGUCCGGAAUCCGUCAUAAGACGUUUUGAGCAGAGGCAAUAUGCAGUUGACAGUAAAGGAGUUGCAGAAUAUAUUCGAGCUCUGGUAGCCACUAAUGCCAUUGCUGAAUAUCUUCCUGAUGAGCAAUCUGGAAAGCCUUCCAGUCUUCCUGCACUAUUACAAGAACUGAAGCAAAGGGCAUCUGGAAACUUAGACGAGUCAUUUUUAAAUCCUGGCAUAUCUGAGAGACAGCCAUUGCAUGUAAUGAUGGUCGAUCCAAAAGUGUCAAAUAGAUCAUCACGGUUUGCACAGGAGCUCAUCUCCACGAUCUUAUUCACCGUUGCUAUUGGCUUAAUGUGGGUAAUGGGUGCUGCUGCACUUCAGAAGUAUAUUGGUGGCUUAGGUGGUAUAGGAGCUUCUGGUGUUGGGUCAAGUUCUUCUUACACCCCAAAAGAAUCAAAUAAAGAAAUAGCACCCGAGAAGAAUGUGAAAACCUUCAAGGAUGUAAAAGGUUGUGAUGAUGCCAAACAAGAGCUUGAGGAAGUGGUAGAGUACCUCAGAAAUCCAGGGAAGUUCACUAGACUUGGUGGGAAGUUGCCAAAGGGGAUACUUUUGACUGGUGCACCUGGAACAGGGAAAACUCUACUUGCCAAGGCAAUUGCUGGAGAAGCUGGGGUUCCAUUUUUCUAUCGUGCAGGUUCCGAGUUUGAGGAAAUGUUUGUUGGUGUGGGUGCUCGGAGGGUGAGAUCUUUGUUUCAAGCAGCAAAGAAGAAGGCUCCAUGCAUCAUCUUUAUUGAUGAGAUAGAUGCUGUUGGAUCCACUAGAAAGCAGUGGGAAGGUCAUACCAAGAAAACACUUCAUCAACUGCUUGUGGAAAUGGACGGGUUUGAACAGAAUGAGGGCAUAAUUUUGAUGGCUGCAACAAACUUGCCCGAUAUUCUUGAUCCGGCUUUAACAAGGCCUGGUAGAUUUGAUAGGCAUAUUGUGGUCCAAAAUCCAGAUGUGAAGGGUCGUCAAGAGAUUUUGGAUUUGUAUUUGCAGGACAAACCACUUGCAGAUGAUGUUGAUGUCAAGGCAAUUGCACGGGGUACACCCGGCUUCAACGGUGCUGACUUGGCAAAUUUGGUGAAUGUGGCCGCCAUCAAGGCUGCUGUUGAAGGUGCCGAAAAAUUGAACGCCGCGCAGUUGGAGUUUGCCAAGGACAGAAUAAUCAUGGGUACAGAGCGCAAAACCAUGUUUAUAUCUGAAGAUUCAAAAAAGCUGACAGCUUAUCACGAGAGUGGGCAUGCAAUUGUUGCCUUGAAUACGGAUGGUGCACAUCCAAUUCACAAGGCAACAAUUAUGCCACGUGGAUCAGCUUUAGGAAUGGUGACACAGCUGCCCUCAAAUGACGAGACAUCUGUAAGCAAAAAGCAAUUAUUGGCACGUCUUGAUGUUUGCAUGGGAGGACGUGUUGCGGAAGAGCUUAUCUUUGGGCGUGACCAUAUUACCACCGGUGCUAGUAGCGAUCUUCAGUCUGCUACAGAACUUGCUCAAUAUAUGGUAUCGUCUUGUGGUAUGAGCGAUGUGAUUGGGCCAAUUCAUAUUAAAGAGCGACCAGGCUCCGAGAUGCAAUCGCGUAUCGAUGCUGAAGUCGUCAAACUCCUAAAGGAUGCUUAUGAACGAGUGAAAUCCUUGCUGAAGAAGCACGAGAAGUCGUUGCAUGCGCUGGCAAAUGCGCUGCUGGAAUACGAGACGCUGAAUGCAGAAGACAUAAAGCGGAUUCUGGUCCCGUAUAAAGACAAAGAGGGGCAAGGACGAGUUAUAGCUGAUCAAGAGUUGCAACAAGACCAAGGGGAGCUUGUGUUGGCUUAAAUCUUAAUAUUAAUUAAUAAAUAUUAAUAUAAGUAAGUUGUUAGCAAACACAUUUUUUUUUUUUUUUUUUUUGAUUCAAUUUUUAA